GCAGAUACACAACCGAAUCGAGACUAGAUACACAGGCUUUGGCUUUGGCUUUGGCUUUGACUGCAGAUAUCCAGUUGCAGCGGUUAAUCGAAUCCCAGAGCGUAACCGGUGAAAGAAGAUGCCGUUUCCCAUCCAUCCGCCCAAGCAGAUGCCCUGCCCCCACUGGCAGCACUUCCCCAUCAGUCCGGUGGACAGCAAGCCGAAUCCGUUCGAUUCCGUGGGCGGUGCAGCGGCAGCGGCAGCGGCCACCCAGGUCAACAUAGGGGUUAACAAACCCCCGGAGCCGGUAUCCUAUCGCUACUGCUUGCAGUGUAAGGCAUCCGGUAAGGAGGCAUCCACCAAUGGCGAAAGGGAGUAACAAAGUAGCCCCUCACUUUUUGGAGGUGACCCAUUCAUCGACAAAUCAGCCAUCACCUGUAAUCAGCCACUUCAAUAGAGGACACACUUGUGAAGCCACUUAAAAAGAAAGCAAUCAUAAGGAACGCAGAACAAAGAUUUGAUUUUAAGCGAUAAGCCUCACUAUUCACUUUAAAAGAUACAUCGUAUAUCGGAUCCAAGUAAACCAUCCAAUUUUUUUUGCACUGCUAUCAUUUUACAAAGAAAUCGAUCUGAUCUUCCCAAUGGCCAUAAAACAACGUAAUCUUUUAAUGGACCUGAUAUUAUAGGAGAUCACCGUUCCAAAUGCAGCCUAAUUUUUUUUCUGUGUUGUUAUUAUUUAACCUAACCUAAGCACAUGUUCCAUUUAUUUUUUGCUGUUUUUAUUUGGGCAAAGUGUUUUAUUUUUCGCUAUAAUUAAGUUAAGCGUUUUGUACGUAUUUUAUUUGUAUUUAGAGCUAAAGACUACAGUUUAUAAUGCUUAUGAAUUUAUGAAUUUUUGAUAUAUUUGUAUAAGAGAAGCGGCUAAUAAACGCACGACGCAUUUUAAAAAA